UUCUGGGAGGAUGGUGGAUGUGUGGCGUCGUCUGCGUCAGUCACCCCGGGAACACACUGGAGGGAGGUCAUGGAGAUUGAAAAACUGGACAUUUAUAAUGCCAAGAGUGGCAAGUUUGUCACCUCAUUGUAUGGGUUGAAAUCAACUAGCACCAUUUUGGAUGUUAAGAAAAGUGUUCAGCAGCAGAAGACUGUUCUUCACCCAGGUAGACAAGAGGUCAGGUUGGAACAGAAAGGCAAAAGCCUGCAAGAUUCAGAUGUCCUACAGAAACUUGGCAUCAGGUCAGACAGUAAAUUGUAUGUGAAGGAUCUGGGGCCACAAAUUGGUUGGAAAACAGUAUUUUUUGCUGAGUAUGCUGGCCCUAUGCUGCUGUACUUGUGGAUCUAUCAACGACCUUGGCUUUUCUAUGGAGACAAAGGACAUUCUUCACCAAUUUCGUUAUGCACUCACAUUGCUGCUGGUUGUUGGACGUUUCAUUAUGCAAAACGACUUCUUGAAACUCAAUUUGUGCACCGUUUUUCACAUGGUACAAUGCCUCUCUUUAACUUGUUCAAGAAUUGUACAUACUACUGGGGUUUCACUGCGUAUGUUGCCUACCAUGUGAACCACCCCCUCUUUACACCUCCAAGUAAUCUACAGUUGUAUGCUGCUUUGGCUGCAUUUUUACUGUGUGAAUUUGGAAACUUCAGCAUUCACAUGGCUCUCCGUAACUUGCGACCACCAGGAAGUAAAGAACGUAAGAUCCCGUACCCUGAUAGUAACCCAAUGACACAGCUCUUUAAUGCAGUCUCCUGCCCUAAUUACACAUAUGAAUUUGGCUCAUGGGUGGCUUUUACUGUCAUGACACAAUGUUUACCAGCUGGAAUGUUUGCUCUUGCUGGAUUCUAUCAAAUGGCUGUAUGGGCUCUAGGUAAACAUCGCAGCUACAAGAAAGACUUCAAAAAUUACCCCCAAAGGAAAGCAAUUCUUCCAUUCCUUCUCUAAAAGAUGUUUUGAAGUACAUUAUACAAUAUGUACUAAAAAAAAAAUGAAGAAAGAGGUUUAUGUUUUCAGAUUAUGUAUAUUGUAAUACUUGUAAUUGGGUUGUGAGUAUAGUGUAUGGCAGUUGGGGUGGCUGCCCACAUCAAAUUGUUAUCUGUACCUAAAAUCAUAGUGCUAAAUGACCCGUAUGGGUUUAGUGCUUAUUUUGUGAAUGUUAAAUGUAGUUGUAAUCAUAAUUUUCUGGAUGCACCAGCAGUGUAGCAUUGCUACACACACGGCAAAAGUUCAUUAAAGUUCAACAGUAAUAUAUGAGGUUUUUUCAGGGAACAAGGGCAUGUAUAAUAUUUCAUGACAGUUUGUUAGGUAAAAGGACACAUGUUCAACCUAUAAGAAAAAUCUGUAUUAAAUUCCAUAACUAUCACUCAGAUUCAGUAAAAUGUUGUAUUUGUUACUUCUUCAUUCUCUGUACCAUGGUAAAAUCAGCUCGUUGAAUCCUUAAAACUUCGAGAAACUAAUAACUUGGACAGGUGAGCAAUUCUUUCCAUUUUUAUCCACUUGUCACUAAAUAGUUUAUUAUAAAUCCUUAUAUUUGUUAGUUAAGUGAAAGAAAACCAUAAGCUGGAGAUAAAUGGUAUAAAAUACCGAAACAAUGAAAAAAUAAAUAUAAAUGCUGUAUGUGAUCCUUUAUUGACCUGUCCAACAUUCUCCACCUGACUCUCCACUGUAUACAUGUAUAACUCUUUAGCACUUGGUCAUGAUUAUAAUAAUUAUGACUAGAUAAAGCCCACUGUGUGGGUGAAACGAAGUUAAUAAUGGAUCGCAUUAUACUGCAUUUGUUUAUUUUUCUAAAACCAUGAGCUGCUGAGUUUCAGGAAACAGAAAUAAUACAUUUUAAAUUAGCACUAAAAUUUCUGGAAAUUUUGACAAAUCUUUAAAACAAAAUUCAAAAAUUCUUAGCAAUUUUAUAUAAGCCUGCUGAGUCUGCUUUGAUUAUAUAUUGACUGAUUUAAAUUUACUAAAUAAAUUUUUUAGCCAUUCUGUAUAGAAAUUUACUCUAAAUGUGAAUGAGUAAUAAAAUUAUGGAGAGCUGAAACACUCACACUGUGCCUAUACUGUAUAGUGAUAGUGUAUCUAUAAUCAUAUGUAUAGUGUAUAUUUUUUUUGUUUCUAUUAACCACAUAGCAUAUAGCUCGCAGAGCUGUGAUUGGGAUUGAGAUUACGAGCUGUGAAUUUUAUGUAGAAAUUUGAAUUGUUUAUGACAGGAAAUCAUUUUAAAAAAUAUAAAAUAUAUAUAUAUAUAUAUAUAUAGAUGUAUAUUCUAUUUCCAAAACUAUUUACCUGGAGUUUACCUGGAAAUGAAAUGAAAUAUUGUAUUUAAGAUGGCAAAAAAAAACACUGAUAUUGAAUGGAAAUUUUUAGCAAAAUUACACACAAAAAAAGGUUAUAUUCCACCUUCCCACAACCCUGAAAAGGAACCUGUGGGCAUUUUGCAGAUUAUUCUUCUCUGUCAUUCCAAUAGAUUGUGGAAGAAUUAAUAAUGCUUUCACAACCUGUAUCUUCUAAAUUUUUUUUUUUUUUCAACAAGUCGGCUGCCUCCCACCGAGGCAGGGUGACCCAAAAAAGAAAGAAAAUCCCCAAAAAGAAAAUACUUUCAUCAUCAUUCAACACUUUCACCACACUCGCACAUUAUCACUGUUUUUGCAGAGGUGCUCAGAAUACAACAGUUUAGAAGCAGACACAUAUAAAGAUACACAACAUAUCCCUCCAAACUGCCAAUAUCCUAAACCCCUCCUUUAAAGUGCAGGCAUUGUACUUCCCAUUUCCAGGACUCAAGUCCGACUAUAUGAAAAUAACCAGUUUCCCUGAAUCCCUUCACUAAAUAUUACCUUGCUCACACUCCAACAGAUCGUCAGGUCCCAAGUACCAUUCGUCUCCAUUCACUCCUAUCUAACAUGCUCUCACACGCGUUUAUAAAGAAGCUGGAUAAUUACCAUAGGUGGAAAGGGCUUGGAAGAUGCAAAUAUCGAAUUCUAUUAUUUAACUUUAUGAAAGGUCAGGAUUUCACGUAAACUUCUGGAUUGUGAUGGAAUUGGAGAUUCACUGCAUGAAUGUGUAGCUGAUAAAUCUGAAGCAACUGCAUGAUGCUAUCAUGUCAGCAUGAAUCAGAAUCUAUCUCUAAGAAAUGUUUCCAGUCACUUGUUGAAUUCUAGCUGGAGCUGCAACUGCAACUAGAAUGUUGCUGCAGUGCUAUUACUGCAUCACAAUAAGGAAACAUGCAGGACAUCAGAUAGUGUGACCAAAACAAAUUGUUUAACAAUUGAGUUGAAGUAGUCACCACUGUGGGUGGAUCUAAGUUUGCAGUUGUAGGCAUAAGAUCAACAAAGAAGAGGUUGACCAUUGCUGAAGUUGAUUUGGGAGGUAGGAGAGGAGCUGGAAUAAGGUAACCCAAGAAUUGGCAGCCCUGGGACAUCCUAAGCUAGAGAUUUUGGUAGAGGAGUUUUAGUAGGUAGUGGUGGUAGACCCAGUAGGACAUCAGGCAAGGUCAGUAACAAGUGCAAAAUCAGCAGGUUAGGCUGCACCAACAAAGGUAUCUGAGGAAGAGAAGAAUUUUGCAAAGGUAAAAAGUGUGAUGGGAGUGGGAUAUGACUAUUAUAUCACUUUAGUGUUGUUGAUGGUUACUUCUGUCUUACCACUGCAGCAAGUUCUUUGACUUUGUAUUUUAUCACUGAAGGAUCCUUCAUAUCUGCAAAGGAUGCCAACAUGGAUGAAGAUGUAGAUGGAGUGAUCUUAUCAAGGAUGAUAAGUUACUGUGUGGAUGGGUGUAACAUAUAUAACUUGUCAAAAUAAAGGAGAUUGGGAAGGCAGUAUGACCUUGUAGGUUUAGUGCUUUGUUUUGUUUAUAAUAAUGGUAAAGCAUUAGAUCCCAUUAGAAAAGAUGCUGUGAUGCCAGUGAAGAGCUCAUCAUCCAGAGAAUUAGAGCUGCUCUCCAAUUCCUUGGAUUAAAUCUGAUUGCCUGCCAUUUUCCUACGUGCUAUAUGGCUCCUAUGAGUUUAGCUCUCCCUUAUUCUGUAAAUAAAUAAGGCGAAUGAUAUUGACGAGAACCUCGACCAAAAAAAGGGGUGGAGCUAUGUUAGUUCAGUUGCUGUAAAACUAAAUUUCCUUCAUUACUAGUAAGAUGCUGAGGAACCCAGAUAAAGCUUUUAAAGUAUUGUAGUUAUGAGUAGUCCAUUCCUCCCUUCUGCCAUCCAAUACCCUCGCUUCCUUCCCUACCCUGCAGCGCUGUAUAGCCCUUGUGGCUUAGCGCUUCUUUUUGAUUAUAAUAAUAAUAUGAGUAGUCCAGAGCUGUAUAGCCCUUGUGGCUUAGUGUUUUUUUUUUUUUUUUUAUAAUAAUAAUAAUAAGGUACCAGAAAACUACAAUUUGGGUGAAUUCAUUAAGUGUCCACCAUCAUAAUUUUGGGCCAUCUAGGGAAUCUGUUGUAGAUUUUAUGGUUGGGUUUUUGGGCAACUCAUCAGUCACUAAUGUAGCUAAAAGCACUAGCAGUGUGCUAUUCUCUCAAGAGGUAUCCAGGAGAAGUACAAAUUUUGUAUGCCAAAUCAAGAGGAUGUAUAAUACACUAAUAGUGUAUAGUAUUGAAAGAAACUUCUUUGUAGAACAUAUACAAAUGCUGAUAAGGUAGAAGGCUUGGUUACUACUAAUUGAUAUUAAUUGGUUGAUAAGCAAGAUCCAAAGGCCUGUACUGGGUGAAGUAUGUACAUAAGCAUUUGGUGACUGAUUUGGGAGUCUCCAAGUUUUGUGUUGAUUCCUAGCUGUCCAUCACUGAUUACAGUUUCUUGUAGUUCACUGAUAAUGAUGCUAAAACUAUGGCUGUAUUCUGUAGGUUUAGUGCUUCUUCUUUGAUUAUAAUAAUAAUGUAUUCUUUUGUGAUAUGCAGUAUCAAACCACUAUUUUAGAGGAAAAAUGUGUUAUCUUUUUUAGCUGGUUGCCUUACCUUAACUCCUCGAGGGAGGUUUCUUGAGGCUGUUGAGAGGGCUCUUGAUCCAAGGAAUUUAACUUCCUAUGGAUCAGACUUUAUUGCCUCCCAUUCCCUAAGCUUUGUAUGACCUCUGUCUGUUUAUGCUUUUCCCUAAAUUGAAAUAAUAAUCCUUUGAUGACUUCUGUGAUCUACACAUUACUUUUAUUCCUCACUUGCCCUUCGUUCAGGAGGGACUACCCUGAUGCUGGUCAGGCGCUCUCCAUCGAAGACUGAUCCAAGAAGUUUUGAGGGCUCUUCUUCCUUAGAUUGAACCUGAUUCAUUCCUAUUUCCAAGGUGCUGUAUGACCCCUGCAGGUGUAGCACUUCCCUGUGAAUGUAAUAGUCCAAGAAAUUAUAUCUGCCCUUACAUGGAUCAUGCCUGGUUGAUCCUAGUGGGUUUAGCAUUUCUUUUUUAUUAUAAUAAAUCAAACCUGAUAGCCUCUCAUUCCUCAGGCUGUAUGACCUGUUUUUUUUUUUUUUUUUUAUUUUAAUCGAGGAAGUGCUAAACUCUUAAGGGUCAUGUAGAGCCUGGGAAAUGAGGAUGAUUUGGGUUUGACUUGAAGAGGGAGAGUAGAGCUGUAUAACCCUUAAGGGUUUAGUGCUUCUUUAUUAUUAUUAUAAUUUUUUUUUUUCUCAACAAGUCGGCCGUAUAAUAAUAUGAUCAUAAUAAAAAUCAAGGAAGGAAAGAAUGUCAAGUCUUUGCAUCAAGAGCCCCUCACCAGCAUCAUGGAACCUUCCUUGAGGAGUUCCAGACUCACUUAGCAUGUCUGUGAAAUAAUCGAUCCACUAUUCCUCUCGUUCAUUUCAUUGUGGGUUGUACCAAGGUUGUGCAUCAUUACUGACAUUUCAUGUAAAGCUCAAUUUUGCCCUAUUAUAAGGGUUAGUUUAAUUACUCUUCAGUUUCAUUAAAUUGACCGGCUUCACCUAAAAUUACUUGUACUCGACUAGUUAUAUUGAACAAUAUAAGGCUAAUGUUGUGGUUCGGAUAUUUAGGUGAUCCAUUGCCAAAUCUUUGAUGUUUGAUGUAACCCUUUGUGAUUUGAUUUUUUUUGUCUCUGUAAUGUCAUAUCAGUAAAAAAAAAUUUAAAUAUUUAAA